UAGACAGAGCAGACUGACUGACUGGCCCUGGACUGUAUAGGUUACUGCUGACCCAGAAUGGCACAGAACGGGACAACAGAGAACGGAGUGGCUGAAGGGAUCCCAGCUUUGCCUUUUCCUCAGCCUGUGGAGGUCCGGGAGGUCAGACACACCAAGAUUUUUAUUGACAAUGAAUGGCACACAUCCAGCAGUGGAAGGACAUUUCCAACUAUCAACCCAGCAACAGGUGUCACAAUCUGUGAGGUGGAAGAAGCAGACAAAGAAGAUGUGGACAAGGCGGUGGAGGCAGCCAAGGCGGCCAAGCAGAGAGGCUCUGUGUGGCGGAGGAUGGAUGCGUCCAGCCGCGGCAGACUGCUGAACAGACUGGCCGACCUGCUGGAGAGAGACCGGCUGCUGCUGGCGACCCUGGAGACUCUGGACACGGGGAAGCCCUUCCUGCAGUCCUUCUUCAUUGACCUGGACGGCAGUAUCAAAACCCUUCGUUACUAUGCGGGCUGGGCCGACAAGAUCCAUGGCAAGAGUCUACCUGUAGAUGACAGCUUUGUGUGUUUAACCAAACAUGAGCCUGUUGGCGUAUGUGGAGCCAUCAUUCCGUGGAACUCUCUGCUGAUGUUCAUGUGGAAGUUGGCGCCGGGCCUGAGCUGUGGAAACACUGUGGUCAUCAAGCCAGCAGAGCAAACCCCCCUCACGGCCCUCCACGUUGGAUCGCUCAUCAAAGAGGCGGGGUUCCCUCCAGGAGUCGUGAACAUUGUUCCAGGGUUUGGUCCCACAGCAGGAGCAGCCAUUGCCAGCCACAUGGACGUCGACAAAGUGGCCUUCACUGGCUCUACAGAGGUCGGCCAGCUGAUCAAAGAAGCGUCAGCCAAAAGUAAUCUGAAGAGAGUGACUCUGGAGCUGGGAGGGAAGAACCCCUGCAUUGUCUUUGCUGACUGUGACUUGCAGCUGGCUGUGGAGGAAACCCAGAAAGGAGCUUUAUAUAACCAGGGUCAGUGCUGCACGGCUGCAUCACGUAUCUUUGUGGAGGACAGUAUCUAUGAGGAGUUUGUGCGUCGCAGCAUAGAAAACGCCAAGAAGAUUGUCAUAGGAGACCCACUGGACCCUCAGACAUCACACGGGCCACAGAUUGACCGGCAGCAGUUUGACAAGAUUAUGGAUCUGAUAGAGAGUGGGAAGGAGGAGGGAGCCAGGCUGGAGUAUGGAGGAGCAGCUUUGGGCGAGAAGAGCCUCUUCAUUCAACCCACCAUCUUCUCUGGGGUCAAAGACCACAUGCGUAUCGCCAAGGAAGAGAUCUUCGGUCCGGUGCAGUGUAUAUUCAGCUUUAAAAGCCAGCAGGAGGCCAUAGAGAGAGCAAACAGCUCACAGUAUGGCCUGGUGUCUGGAGUCUUCACAACGAGUAUGGACAGAGCUCUGUCUGUGUCUGCAGCCCUGGAGACUGGCACUGUCUGGAUAAACUGCUAUAACGCCCUUCAUGCUCAGACCCCCUUUGGAGGGUAUAAGAUGUCAGGCAACGGACGAGAGCUUGGAGAGUAUGCUCUGGCUGAGUACUCGGAGGUGAAAGCAGUGACCAUCAAACUGAGUGAAAUCCUGUGAGAAGAACUGGCUGAGAUGUCCAUCGUGUCACAAUCCUCUCCAACCCACACACUCCUUCUUUGUCUUCAGUCGUGCUCAUGAUGUCGAGAUUAGGGUUAGUCUAAUAUAUAUCAGUUAGUCUAAAUACAGUAUAUCAGAGCCCAGGAAGAGUCAGCGUUUGUUCGCCUCUUCUAUGAUAUGCUGGAGGUGAGAGAGGCUUCUACUCAACAGCUUCAGUAAUGUCACUAUACAAAACGGCUAAUACUCUAUUUUACAGGUUUGUAUUUUAAUAAUUAUUUAUUCAGAAGCUCCCCGGACUCACUGUAAGUAUGUGAUUUGGUACCACAGUAUUUAUGGGGAAAAUACAGACAGUGUUCAGUUGGUACAAUUAUAACAAUUUAUUCCAAGUAACUGCUGGCUUAACCCAUAGAGCACAAGCAUAUAAUUCAACAUAUAUGAUGAAUAAAGUCUCCAAUAAUAAAUGAAUAAUUAAUGAAUAUUUACUUGGGUUUAAAUUUCAAUGAAAUUCCAAUUUGACUUAUAAUUGGUACCAAACAACAGAGUAGUUUCAAGGAAAAUACCCAAACUAGUACUAAAAAAGUACGAAAGCACUGAUACGAUCAUUUGACAUAAAAAAGGAUCCACUUAUUGGGACAUUUUUAGAACUUUCAGCCACAUCUGGUGGCCUUCAUCAGUGGAUGGAGAUUGCUCACUUGUCACAAAGAUGGUUUAGUGUUGUAUGUGCGGGGACAUGGUAACCUCCGUCUCUGAUCAAAGAUGGUCUCUGGUGUCAGAUGUGAAUGUCCUCCUUGAUCUUUCUCCGGUCGUCCACUGACUCCUGGUCCAUGACCUCUUCUCAGUGGAUGCUGUGAGAGCGGUUUUGGUCUGAUGUUCACAGAUCAUGUUGUCUCUUCCUGUUCAUUCAGUCUCUUGUCCAGGGUCCUUGCUCUCUCUCUGAUGUAGCGUCCCUGUAGUUCUGUCCUGUUCCUUGUAGUAGAGCGCUAAGAUCCAUUCCUUGUACCCGUUGUCACAGAGUGGACCUGUUGCAAACGUUCUUUUUUUACCUUCUUACUAGUUUAUGUUUCCUGACUCUGCAUUAAAUUGUAAUUUCCCUUUUUUCAACCUGGACCCCAUUCUCCCAUGUUUUUGUGUCUAAGUGACUAAUGGGGACGACAAUUUUUGAAAUUGGUCCAGUGUUGAGGGAGAACGCUGUAACCUACAGCCGCUAAACAAGCUGCAAGGGCAAGUGAGUCGCGUCGAUGUAACGUUGCGUCCACUAAGAGUGCUGUUUUUGCCACUGACAGCCUCAGAUUGUUAUUGUAAGUGUCUUGACAACAUUAUGGAAAGGACCCUACAGAGAAAUAAAACCGUUUUCUUACCUUU